GGCUGAACAAAAAAAAAAUACAGAUAUCCUCUACAUUGUGCCAUCCUUUUGAAGAAUCAUGGCUAAAAACACCACGGGUCUUUCUUCAUCUCCAAGCUCUUUAUUCCAAACAAAUAGUUUCCAAAUGCAAGAAAAUUGAUGGAGAAUCAGACAAGAAUUUGGGUUCUUAGAUUUUGCAUAAUUGAAAACUUUUAAUCCGGCAACGGAGCAAGGUAGCAGAGACAGUUUUCCUGGCAAAUGAACGACGACUACAACACGGAGUUGGCCGUUGGAGUGGCAGCCGCUGCAUACACUAUCAACUCGCUCGUAGAAGACGAAGCGCAACAUAGGAUCAAGAUACGGAGAUCUGCACAAGAUACCAUCACCGGGGUUCGGAGUUCGGAUAGAGUAACCAUGCGAUAUUCCAGCAAGGAAAUCGAAACUGCAGGUGAAACUUCAAGCAGAAAGCUAAUGGAAAAGGAUAAUAGGAGCCAAGAGAGCAGUUUACCGAGAAGCAAAAAGGGCGGUUCAUCCUCUGGUAGGCCGGUGAUCAUGGAAGCCGGGGACCGAAGCCGGAAGGGAAACUCUUCCCAACACAAUCUCGGUGAAACCAAAGCAGAUGCUUGGGAGAAAGCUGAGAUGGAGAAACUUAACAAACGGUGUGAGAACAUGAAAGCAUCAAUUCUUGCAUGGGAGAAUGAAAAAAAGCUGCGAGCCAAAGUUAAAAUGGACAGGAGAAAGAAAGAAUUGGAGCGGAGAAUAAAAAUAAACCAACAACUUUACCAGACCAAGAUAUCAAGGAUCGAUCAUAUUGGUGGUGGAGCAAAAGCAAAGGUGGAUGAGAAAAGAAGACAUGAGGAAUUGAAGAUUAAAGAAAAAGCAAGGAAAAUAAGAGCCUCAGGAAAGGUUCCUGUUUCAUGUUUCUGCUUCUAAACAACAUGGAGAAGUAAACAUUUGUAUCAAUUCAACUCAGAUGGUGAGAACAUGAAAUGUCUAUGUAUUACCCAGCGGGGUAGCUAAAAUGUGUAUAUUCUGCUCUGUAUUCAACGCAUUGAUUCAGAAAUUAGAUGGAAUUUGGGUAUA